AUGGCUAUAGUUGCUAUGGAGGAGCAACCUGAUAAUAACCCAGAAGAUCAGGGCUUUACACCAGAAGAAAAUAUUGACACAAAUAGGAAUGAUAACAAUGUGAGUGAUCAUGAGCCUAUGGUUAAUUCACCUCCUACAGAAAAUGCUAGUGUUGAUGAACAACCUGUUUUUACUGAGGAUAUUUAUGAUCCAAGAAAUUGGGAUAAUCUUGAUAACAAGUCAAGGGACAUAUUAGUAGAGAAGGGACCCAUCAAAGAUGAAAAUAUUGAAUUUCCUUUGGAUACCAAUGGCAGACAUUUUUCAUAUACUCAUUACUCUAGAAAGAUGAGCAAUGGAGAAGUUUAUGAUAGAAAGUGGUUGGUAUAUUCAAAACAUGUUGAUAGAGUGUUUUGUUUUUCAUGCAAGCUUUUCAAUACAGAAAACUGCAAGAGUUCAUUGGGUCAUGAGGGGUUCAAAGAUUGGAAGCAUAUUAAUGAGAGGUUGAAAGAACAUGAGGCUAGUAUACAACAUAUUACAAGCAUGAACUCUUGGAAUGAACUGAGGGUGAGGCUCGGUAAGCAUGAAACAAUUGACAAAAAUAUUCAGCAGCAAAUCACCAAGGAGAAAGAGCGUAUCAGGCAAGUUUUACAAAGAAUAAUUGUUGUUGUGAAAUUUCUUGGUAAGCGGAAUUUAGCUUUCAGAGGACCAAGUGAGCAACUUUACAAUGAUCAAAAUGGUAAUUUCUUAGCUUGCGUUGAGAUGAUUGCUGAAUUUGAUUUGGUUAUGCAAGAUCACCUCAGACAAUGA